UAAACCCAAACUAAACCCUUUCUUCCCACUCUUCCUUGAAAAAUCCCCGCAGCCACAGCCAUGUCGCUGAUAGCAGGCUCCUACGAACGUUUUAUUUGGGGCUUCAGACUCAAGCCCUUAAACUACGACCCGUCUUCUCAGACGCUCACUCUAACCCAACUCUUCUCCUACCCAUCCCACAACGCCCCCAUAACCACCGUAGCCGCCGCAGGGCCCGCAGCCGCAUCGGGCUCCUCCGACGACACCAUCCACAUCUACGACCUCUCCACCGCCGCUUCCCUCGGUCCCCUCCACCACUUCUCCUCCUCAAUCACUACCCUCUCCUUCUAUUCCCCUCCCAACCUCUCCUUCCCUCGCAACCUCCUUUCCGCCUCCGCUGAUGGCUCCAUCUCCAUCUUCGACACCGAACCCUUUGUUCUUCUCAAGUCCUUUAGGUCCCAUAAAAGGGGUAUUAAUGAUUUGGCUGUUCAUCCUUCUGGGAAGCUUGCAUUGAGUGUCUCACGUGAUGGGUGUUUGGCUAUGUCGAAUUUGAUGAGAGGGAAAAGGAGCUUUUGUUGUAGGUUGGGGAAGCAAGCGACGAUUGUUAAAUUUGAUGGGAGUGGAGAGAGGUUUUUUAUGGCUUCUGAGGAGAAAAUUGGAGUUCAUUUGGCUGAAGAUGCUAGGUUGUUGUUUGAGUUGGAGAAUGAAAAACGAGUUCUUUGUGCUGCUUCUGGGGAGAGUGGAAUUUUAUUUACUGGUGGUGAGAGCCGUAGUAUUACAGCAUGGGACACAAACAGUGGGAAGGUUGCUUAUUGCUUCGAGGAUGCACAUUCUACCCGUGUAAAAGGUAUUGUUGUGCUUACCAAAGAUGGUGGUGUCGAUGAUGCUCCAUAUUUAGUGGCAUCUGCAUCAUCCGAUGGGUUUAUACGUGUUUGGGAUGUUCGCAUGGCCAUCAAAGGGAAGCCAAACCCAUUGGCUGAGGCUAAUACAAAGUCCAGGCUGACUUGUCUUGCUGGAUCUUCUCUCAAAUCUUCUAAACAACCACAGAUUGGAAAGAGUGCUCCAAAAGAAGAGCAGAGUGAUGCAGAAGAUGUAUAACAAAUAGUGCAAGAAGAGGUUUUAAGAGCUGUCAUGGUUGCUGAAAAACCUCCUGUCAGUGUUGGGCCUUGUUGAUCCAAUGAAUCAAUUUUGACUAUUGAUAAUUAUGUUCAUAUUGAUCAUGGAUGCUAUUUUAAAUCAUUUUAUAUUUAAUUGUACACUUAGUAAUCUGUUCAAUGUUGAGGUUCUCGUCAAAUUUUCCAAUAUG